GACCACAACAAUAAGUUUUCUAAAAUAUGCAAAACGUUUUCAAGAUGAGUGUGUUUAGCCCGUUUCGAGGCAAUUCGUUAACAAAAUGUGUCAGAGCCAGCAUCAGAUAUUACAAUAUUGAUAAAUGCGCCACAAUUGGGACCCAGCCAGACGCGAAUUCGCCAGAUUAUCAGGAAAACUACACGCGGAUGGAGGCGAUAGUACAACAGCUGAAGGACCGUGUGGCACAUAUAGUUAAGGGUGGUGGAGAAAAGGCAAUAGUCCGUCACACAUCACGCGGGAAGAUGUUACCAAGGGAACGCAUAAACAAUCUGAUCGAUCCUGGAUCUCCAUUUCUUGAAUUCUCACAGUUGGCAGGAUAUCAGUUGUAUGGGAAGGAGGAGGUUCCGGCUGGUGGCAUUAUAUCAGGCAUCGGCAGAAUUUCAGGUCAAGAGUGUCUCAUCUUGGCCAAUGACCCAACGGUCAAGGCCGGCACAUAUUAUCCAAUUACCGUCAAGAAGCAUUUACGAGCUCAGGACAUAGCGCAUGAAAACAAUCUUCCUUGUAUAUAUUUAGUUGAUUCUGGUGGUGCCAAUCUGCCACGCCAGGCCGACGUCUUCCCCGACCGCGAUCACUUUGGUCGGAUAUUCUUUAAUCAAGCUGUGAUGUCAUCCAAGGGGAUUCCCCAGAUUGCGGUCGUCCUAGGCAGCUGUACAGCAGGUGGUGCCUAUGUCCCCGCCAUGGCUGAUGAGAGCAUCAUAGUACGCAAACAGGGCACUAUAUUCCUGGGAGGACCACCGCUGGUGAAGGCUGCCACCGGGGAGGAAGUGUCGGCAGAGGACCUGGGCGGUGCUGAUCUACAUUGCUCGAAAUCAGGUGUGACAGAUUACUACGCCCAUGACGACCUCCACGCUCUCCAUAUCACACGGCGAUGCAUCAAAAAUCUCAAUUACAAAAAGAACCCUGGAGUGACAAUUGAAACACCGGAGGAACCGCUGUUUCCGGCGCACGAACUCUAUGGUAUCGUUGGAGAUAACCUCAUGAAGACUAUUGAUAUACGGGAGGUUAUCGCUAGGAUCGUAGACGGUAGCAAGUUCGAUGAAUUCAAGGCGAUGUACGGAGAAACGCUAGUCACAGGAUUCGCGCGUCUGUGGGGCUAUCCGAUAGGAAUUCUGGGAAAUAACGGUGUUCUAUUUUCUGAGUCGGCGCUGAAGGGGACCCAUUUUAUUCAACUGUGCAGUCAGCGUGGCAUUCCAUUGCUCUUCCUUCAAAACAUCACUGGCUUCAUGGUCGGACGUGACGCGGAGGCUGGCGGUAUAGCAAAGAAUGGCGCCAAACUAGUCACAGCAGUCGCCACCGCUAAAGUACCAAAGCUUACAGUUAUUAUCGGAGGGUCGUAUGGUGCUGGAAAUUAUGGGAUGUGUGGCCGGGCUUAUGGACCCCGGUUCAUGUACAUGUGGCCUAACGCUCGCAUAUCAGUCAUGGGUGGUGAGCAGGCUGCGGGCGUGCUGGCACAGGUUGCUAAGGAACAGCGACUACGGGAGGGGAAGACGUGGACAGCAGAAGAAGAGAAAGCGCUGAAGGAUCCUGUCAUCAAGAAGUACGAGGCCGAGGGGAGUCCAUAUUUCUCCAGCGCCAGAUUGUGGGAUGAUGGCGUGAUAGACCCGGCCGACACACGGAAUAUCCUAGGACUCAGCCUCAGUGCUUCACUCAACCAACCGCCGCAAGAGACCAAGUUUGGUGUCUUUAGGAUGUAGAAUGGCAGUCGAGGAACAGAUCGACCGAAGUGUGUGCUUGGUAAAUUCAUUUUGGACUGAUAUUCCCAGGCGCGGUUUUCAUACGGGAGCGCUGUAACUGACAUCCUCCCAACAGUGUUUUGCUGUAACCGAUCACCGCAAGGACCAAGUUUGGCAUCUUAACGCAGCAGAUACUGUAAUAGUACAAUGUGACAGACACAUGUGGACUACGUCUCAGUGCUUCUCUGAACUCUGCCACGUGAACUGUGACCUAGUCUCUGCACAGACUCAGAGCCGCUCCACAACUGACCAAGUGUGACUCUCUGGAAAGUGAGACCAGAAAAACAAAUGUGUGUGGCAAAUUAAUUUGGUACCUAUAUUCUUGGAUAAGGUUUUAGUAUUGAAGAGUACAAGAGCACUUGUAAUUGAUUACUAUAAACAAAGUCCUAUUGAAUUGUGUGUAAAUACUGGU